GAAUUAUUUACAUUUCGGUACUGUCUACGGCUUACGGUAAGUGUCUUGCGUUACUUUGACAGCGAUUUUCAGCAUUAUCAGUAAAUGAAUCAGUGAAUUUGAUACGCAGUUUCUGAAUAUCCGAUAUUAAAAUAUCGCAAUGUCUUAAAUACUUCUUCUUUUUAGGAUAUAAUUGGCCCAGGUCCUCGUAGACGAGAUAUAGAUGGUUAGUCGAACUAGACAGUCAAAGCCGACAACACUUUUCAAAAAUAUAGUAAUGUGAAGCACUCGAUCCGAAACGCGUCCAUCGCGGUCGAGUUUAUUCUUUCGUGGGAUGUUGCAAGUACUGAAAAAACUAUUUGCACGUAAAUUAUGCAUUAUCUAUUUUACACGUAACCUCAAACGAUGUUUUUUCUGAUUUCAAACAGUCUGUUUUCUCAUUGGUCUAUUAUACCAUUGCAACCGUUUCAUUGUAGACAGACAUCGUUGUAGAAAUUGCGUUACUGCCUGCGUCCUAGUACUUUACUGCUUACAGCCAAUCUCAUUGUAGACGGACACGCUUGUGUUUUCUAAACGACUAAAAUUGAUUUUGGCGAUUUUUACAAUGCAGGAUUUUGCUGAUGAGCAAAUAAAUUUCAUUAAAUUUUGUUUCCUGGUUGGAGUUUCGGCUAGGGAAACGUUCAGAUUGUUGCAGAAGAACUUUGGUCCCUCGACUAUGUUGCAGGAAAAUGUGUAUAAGUGGUACGAAGACUUCAAAGAAGACAGAGACCGUGUUGAAAACUUGGAACGCUCCGGACGACCAUCAAUGUCAAUUGAUGAGCAACACAUCAAGAAAAUCAAGGAAUUGGUGCUCGAAAAUCGUCGAUUGACAAUUAGAGAGCUUGUCGAUAUGGUUGGCAUUUCAAUUGGAUCAGUUCAAAAAAUUUUGAAGGAUCAUUUGGUUUGGUUUUUGCAUCACGAUAAUGCGCCGUCUCACGCGGCAUUGUUCUUCCUGACUUGAAUGAAUAUUUUGUUGCUAACAUGAAUGAAUUGAAUAAAGAAGAGGAAGCAGAAGCAGUAGAAAAAGAAAAAGAAGAAAACACGUUAUCUGAUAACUUAAAAUGCUUAGAAAUAAAGGAACCGCCUCCUAAUUGGUUCAUUGAGCAAGAAGUAAUAAAUCGGCAAAUAGGUAGUAAUCCGUUAUUCCAAAGAAGAUUUUAUAGUUCUUUACCUGCAGUAAAUAGAUUCGAGUUUAAGUAUAGUCUUAAUGAACUUGAGGAUUCUGUGAAGGCCUUAAAUUUCAAUCAAAAAGGAAAUUUAUUAGCAAGUGCCUCUCAAAAGACAAUUUCUAUUUGGGAUUGGGCUGCAAGGAAAAAGCGUUGUUGCUUUUCAAGUGACCAUAACUUCCUAACACAGGCUAAAUGGCUGCCUUUAGAUGUGGAAAAUUUUAUGGUCACUUCUGGUGACGAUGGUUGUAUACGUUUAUUAGAUCUUGAACAUAACUUAUCGAGACAGUUGAUAAACUAUGAUUCAUUAUUUUGUCCGAUCCGUAAGGAGAAGAAAGACUGGGCAUUGGCUGUGCAUCCUGAAAUACCCUAUAUGGUGUUUUCUGCUAGAAACGAUUCAAUUUUAUCCAUAGAUAUCCGGGAGGAUACACCAAAAUUGCUUGAGAUAUGGAGCCCUCAAGAUAGUAGACUAGGAAGUAUACAUUGUAAUCCUUCUAAUAGUAAUGAAUUUUGUGUCAGCGGUGAAUUUCCCUACAUAAGGAUUUAUGAUCAGCGAAAUCUUUCGAAGCCACUUUAUAAAUUGUGGACCAGAGUAUAA